AUGGAAUGGAGGAAUUCUUACCCAAACCCGGGAAUCUGACUCCGACCCAUUUCACCUGACGGUGUCGUCUUGUCGUUGGUUGGUACAUCAGGAAUAGAAGGGAGAGGAAAGUGAGAAAAAAAUAAGGGAAGGGAGAGAAACGAUAAGCUUCUAGUCUGAGCAGUCGAUGUUUUGAUGGGUUUUUUGUGGGAAGAGUUGCUUCAGAAUUGAGCCCGCUCAACCCUUGUCACUGUCGUUAAUUGACUGAGUUGAGUUAGUAUUGAGGCUGGUUUGCUCGUUCCCCCAAUGGGAUUCCGCUUCUUCUUAUUUCUUUUUCUUGCUACCCUCCCUGCGUUCUUGGCUCAAGAAUUUGAAGAUGCAAUAAUUAAAGUUGAUGGGGCUACAACAGUUGCUGAAACUGAUGCUAACUUCAUCUGUGCUACUCUGGAUUGGUGGCCUCAUGAUAAGUGUAACUACAACCACUGUCCAUGGGGAUAUUCAUCUGUAAUAAAUAUGGACUUGUCUCAUCCUCUUUUUGCCAAGGCAAUUGAAGCUUUUAAGCAUUUGAGAAUAAGAAUUGGAGGUUCUUUGCAAGACCAAGUAUUAUAUGAUAUCGGACCUUUGAGGUCCCCUUGCCAUCCUUUUAGAAAGAUGAAUGAUGGAUUAUUUGGAUUUUCGAAGGGAUGUUUACGCAUGAGUAGGUGGGAUGAGCUAAACCGCUUGUUCAGUCAGACAGGAGUAAUUCUGACAUUUGGGUUGAAUGCACUCUAUGGGAGGCAGCAGAUAAGAAAAGGCGCAUGGGCCGGAGUUUGGGACUCAAGUAACACUCAGAACUUCAUAAAGUACACUAUUUCCAAGGGAUACCAGAUUGAUUCAUGGGAAUUUGGUAACGAGUUGAGUGGAAGUGGAGUUGGUGCAAGCGUUAAUGCUGAACAGUAUGGGAAGGACUUAAUCAACCUUAAAGCUAUCAUCAAUAAGCUGUAUAAUAACUCGAAUGUCAAACCAUUACUUGUAGCACCAGGAGGAUUCUAUGAACAGAAUUGGUAUGCUAAGCUUCUUCAGGUUUCGGGUUCAAGCACAGUCAAUGUUGUGACACAUCAUAUCUAUAAUCUGGGUGCAGGUGUAGAUCCCAAUCUUGUGAGUAAGAUACUGAAUCCCCAUUACUUGAGCAGGGUAGAAGAAACAUUCAAGAGCCUUGACAAAACCCUUCAAACCUGGGGCCCUUGGGCUUCUGCUUGGGUUGGAGAAUCUGGUGGGGCUUAUAACAGUGGUGGUCAUCUGGUGUCUAACACCUUUGUAAACAGCUUUUGGUACUUAGAUCAGCUAGGAAUGGCAUCCAAGUACCACACUAAAGUUUAUUGCAGGCAGACUUUGAUUGGUGGAAACUAUGGUCUCCUCAACACAACCACUUUAGUUCCCAACCCUGAUUAUUACAGCGCCCUUCUGUGGCAUCGACUCAUGGGAAAAGGUGUACUUGCUGUUGAUAGUACUGCCUCACCAUUUUUACGCUCUUAUGCCCAUUGUUCAAAAGGGAAGGCAGGCAUAACUUUACUCCUGAUCAAUUUAAGCAACCAGACUACGUUCCAAAUCAAUGUUGAGAACAGCAUGAACCUCAACUUGUUUGUGAAGAAGACAACCAUGUACAGAGGAAGUGCUUUCAUGCAUGGUCUCAAGAAAUCAGUGUCAUGGAUCGGAAGUAAGGCAGAUGAACAAUUAUUCAGAGAAGAGUAUCAUCUAACUCCAAAAGAUGGGUACCUCAGAAGCCAGACCAUGGUUCUAAAUGGGAUGCCCUUGGAGCUUACUGAUGAUGGAAACAUCCCAAGUUUGAACCCAGUCCGCCUUAAUCUGAAUGCACCGAUAUUCAUCAAUCCAUUGUCCAUUGCAUUCAUUGCAUUCCCCAACUUUGAUGCCCCAGCUUGUGCGUGAUCCUUCAUCCUUGUGUAAACUCACCUCUCAAGCUAUAUAUCUUACUGGGUCAUGACUGCAGAAGCUAAGAGUUUGUAUUAAGAAUAAGAUCAAGAUCAUUGUAUUUAGAGCAAGUACACAGAUAUCUGUUGGGAACAAAACAAGAAACAAUGAAUCAAUUGUAAUUAUCUAUCUAUC